AUGUUGAAUGAUGAUAGAAAGUGUUCGAAGGACUUAAAUGAGUAUUAUAAAUGCUUAAGUGGCAGUGGCCGAGACCCUUCAAAGUGCCAAACACAAGAAAUCGCACUCAGAAAAUGCUCUACAACUGAUAAAGAGAAUGAUUAUUGUUUGAAUGAGUUAUUGGAAUUAUAUCGCUGUACAAAGAAACCUGACGCUAAUGGAUGCGCUAACGAGUUUCUUUUAUUUCGCGAGUGUAACAGGCCUGGAGGACCUGAAAUUUUAGUAAAAGACGAAAUGUAUAAGGUUAACUUGAAGCAUUUGGACAAAUAUAACCUCAGCUCAAACGUAAUUUGUCCUGUGAAUCCUCCGAAACGUUCAAUGAAGAACAUUUCUAAGCUCCUAGAACAGAUGAAGCAGGUGUGCGGAUUCAAAAACUUUCAAGAAAAAUUCACUCCACAAGUUAAAUCAUGA